AUGGGUUCGCAGGGCGCAAUUCUGGAGGAGCUCGUGGAUCCCGUGCCCUGGUUCAACGACAGGGGCGAGCGGGUGUUUCGCCGUCACUCGGUGAACAGGAAGACGAUGAUGAGCACGAGGAGGGAGUGCAUGCAUGGCAUCCUCAAGGACGGCAUCAUCAAAGGCGCGCGCGCCGGGGCCGUUUUCGCCGUGCCGUCGACCGUGGACAGGAAGAGCUGGGUCCUCUGGCAGAUCGGCGCGGCGACCCUCUUCGAAGCGUUAUACGACGCGUUGGCAGCGCACCCGUCCAACAAGCAAGUCCAAAUCACCCUGCAGUGCGGCGUGAAGCACGUCACCCUGGCGCGCCCCAGCGCAAAGGUCUGCAUAUUGAAGUACUACCGCGACGAGCUCAACAGGAUGGUGGGCUACGGGGCCAAGACGACGUUCAUCGAGUGCUUCGCGAAAGCUUCCGAGGCCGUCAAGGGUUGGCAACAGUUCCUGGCAGAUGAGCGCAAGAAGAAGAAAGAUAUUGGCGCCCAGGAGCAGUUCGAAGAGGAUACUGGGGACGGCGACAUAGAGGAGGAAGAAGAGGGGGCGCCCCCCCAAAAGAAAGCUAGGCGCGGCAAGAAGGCGGAACCUGCGUCGACCCAACCGAGGACGCAGGCGGGGUUCAAGAACAAGCAGUGGGUCUGGGUGAGCGAGAACUUCCCCUCGGCGCGGGCGAAUCCCAACGAGUUCGUGCGAGCCAAGAUUGUGUGCGGCAAGCUCCAGGACGAACUUAAGAUGUGGAAAGACUUCGAAGCAUACUGCAUGAACUACGCAAGGUUCACGGACAGCAGCAUGUCCACGAACAAGGUUGUCAUUUGCAUGCAGGCCGUGUUGAAGUUCUUCCAGACUCAGGUCGACACUGCGAAGUACAGAGAGUUCCUCUUCGCGUGCCUGAAGCUGACGAUUCCCACAGACGAUGGGAUCCCAUGGUGCAUCCUGGAGUCUUCGGAUUGCAAGAAGCUGGACAGGCUCAAACAGAACAUGUUCGACUCGAAGGUGUUCAAGCGUGCCCGGGAGGCCGCCGACAAGGAACUAUUGGCGGCGCCAGCGGCGGUCAGGGCGGUUAGCAGCAAGAGCAGGGGCCCUAACAAGAAGACCAAGCUUCCACAGAGCAGGGUUUCGGACAGCAGCUGCACGAACGUGAACUUCAUGGACGACGUGAUCAAUUCGCUCUAUGCGACGGUGGAGAAAGUAAAGCAGUCGAGGAUUGAGGCGGACACCAUCAACGACUUGAUAGCAUUGUGCGCGGCUUUCGGCAUCGACGGAACCUUGGCCACGUGCUACUUGGGCGACGGCGACGACGGGGAGGAGAAAGUCUUUGAUGGCAAGUACUCUGAUGUUCGUGACGCCGUCGCUGCAUACUGCGCCAAGAAGCACGACGUGGAGGACUACUCGGGGAUCGAGGAGAUGCAGCCGCAGCCCAAGGUCCAGAACGCGGAGGAGGCAGAGGUCCCAGCAGCAGAGGGGCGGGAGCAGGAACAGGAGAAGGACGAAUUGCUUGGCUUGGAAGCCGAGGCAGCGGACUCCGAGCUCAAAGCGCACUUAGAGGAUCUCAAAUCCAUCGUCAAGAAGAUGCCGAAACUCAGGAACACGUUGGCCGACUACAUCGAGUCCAACCCCACGAAUUUUCAGACGGAGGUGGAGAUGCUCAGCUCUAGCGUUGCCAUGGCCAAAUGCAAGGCUCGUUUCUCUGGGAUUCGUGGCGGAGGGGAUCUUAUCAAUUGUAUUACCAACGAUUUCUCAAGUACAAUCAGUGCCGCUGUCGAGGUCCUUACGGGGAAGGACGGCAAGCAAGUCACCGCCCAGUUGAAGACUGCGCUUUGCUUCCUGAAAUCGAACAGGUCACAAGUCAGUUUGAAAGACGUUUCGGACAUUGGGGUGAUUGACUUCGACGAAUGUUGGGCCACGAUGAUCAUCCGGGCUAGCAGUGUGACGUCUAGCAAGCCGCCAGCACUGAAGACGACUGAAGAGUGGGAGCAGAGGAAGAGGGCGCUGACGUCCAGGCUCAGCAGAGACACCGCUCCUAAAUUGACUUUGCAAGUAAUCGAGAAGCUGAAGAUGACGCAGAAAGAAGCAAAGACACUGCGCAAGGAAGCCUCCGUGAAACUUCUGGUCGAGGCGGAGAUCACUUCGGAGAAGGAGACCGAGGAGCAGUUCCACAAGAAGCGGGGCGAUGACGUGCAGGGCUUCGUUCAAGAUAUGCUGCGCAACACGGAGACGGUCUAUGGCGAUGAGCACGGCGCAGACGACGGGGAGAAGGAUGGCGAUGGUGAAGACGCCAUUGAGAUCAGCGCCCAGGGAGAGAGCGCGGGCAGACCCAUGAAGACCAUUGAGGACUGCCAGUACGUCGGGGCCUUUCUCAACAUCAACGAUGCGUCUUGGAAAGCGGGCGCCUUGGGCCGCUUCCUCACGGACAAUAUCUUGAAGGCCUGGUACACAGGAAAGGACUUUGCGACCGAUUAUUCAUCUUCGUUGUCGGACGACGGAGUCAAUAACGUGUACAUUCGCACUGGUAAGGAAGGCAAGAUGAUGUGGAAGCAGAUGGUUUGGAUUCCCCAGCUGCUGAAGAUCAAGAAGGGGGAGGGGCCUGAGGAGGAGGUGGUGGAGGAUCAGAAGGCGAAUGAGGCGGAGGAGAAGAAGAAUGACGGUGAGGACGCGGCUGGGGCGGCUGUGCCCACAGACGCCGCCGCCGCAGCCGCCGACGGCGCAGCUGGCGACAAGCCGACUGCUGCGGGGGGCGAGCAGCACGCGGCAGCUACGGCAGACAAGGAGGAUGAGGAGAGCAAGCAAGCCGACGCCACCAAGUCCGAGGCCGAGGAGAAGCAGGAGAAGGCGUCCGGAGGGGAGUUGGCAGCAUCGGGUACCGAGAAGGCGCCGCAGGCGAAGAAGCCGAGGAUCGACUUCACCAAAGAGUUGGAGCUCGCCCUGGACUCUGGCAUCGAGCCUGCGGCGCCUCAGAAGCCGAAGGAGUCGGAGAUUAUCACCGAGCUCAUCGUCAAGGGUAUUGUCAUGACGUUCGUCGGUCAGGUUGUCCUGGAGCCUUGCGACGCCGAGGCGAUGGUCCCCACGCCUACGCCUGGCGUGAAGUGCUUGUAUCUCGGCCAGGUCACGCUUUCUGGCCAAUCGUUCCUGAUCAAGAUGUUGCCGAUCGCAGCCUGGUCCAACAUCAAAGGUUCCGUCGUAGUUCCCUCUUGGACGAUCGAGCUUGGGGGGGACAAGGACGACGCCGUCAAAAUUAUGUCCGUGGUCACGGAGCGGGUGUUUCCACGGGUGCCCGCAGGGGCCGCAGGGAACACAGAGGAGCUCAGCCUGAAGUUGGACAUCCACAAGCUCGUCAUUGCAGACAAGGCCAUCGAGUCGGAGGACGCCUUCGACGAUACGCCAGCGUCUCUCCGCAGGGAGCGGAUGCCGUGGGAUCGCCCUCUCAAGGGUUCGGCUGGGUCGGGGAAUAAGGAUGAGCAGGCUGCGAACCAGAGCAAGCGGGGCCGCAUUGCUCACCACCUUUUGCGCUGA